AUGUCUAUCCUUGUUAAUGGUAGCCCAACCGAAGAAAUAGAUAUCAAAAGGGGUUUAAAGCAAGGAGAUCCAUUGGCACCCUUCCUUUUUCUUUUGGUAGCGAAAGGUUUUAGUGGGCUUAUGAAGAAUGCGGUGAAUCAGAACCUUUUUAAGGGGUUUGAGGUUAAGAGAGGUGGAACGGUGAUUUCUUAUCUCCAAUAUGCGGAUGAUACCUUGUGUAUUGGUGAAGCUUCGGUAGAGAAUCUUUGGACACUUAAGGCGAUACUAAGGAGGUUUGAAUUGGUGUCGGGCUUAAGGGUCAAUUUUCAUAAAGGUUGCCUUAUUGUUGUGAAUGUCUCGGCGGAUUUUUUGCGGGUGGCUUCGUCUUUGCUCAAUUGUAAGGUGGGCGAUUCCAUUCAUAUGCCGGUCAACGUGAAUAAAAAGGUGGAAGGUAUUCAAAGGAGGUUCCUUUGGGGAGGUGUAGGGAUAGAAAGAAGAUUUGUUGGGUUAAGUGGAGUAAGGCUUCUUGAUGAUGAUCUGGCUUUAUGGAAAGAGGUUCUAGAAGAAAAAUAUGGCCCUUUGGUGAGUCUUCGAAGUAGGUUGAUGGGGGAGGUUUGGCCCUCUUACUCUUCGCGUUGGUGGAAAUAUUUGAUGGGGUUGGAAGAUCAAGGGGUGUGGUGGUUUCGUAAUGAGUUGGUUAGAAAGGUGGGAGUUGCUUCCAAUACAUUUUUUUGGAAGGAUCCGUGGGUGUCUAAUGUUCCUUUAAUGGAGGCUUUUCCGUGUAUUUAUUCCUUAGAUAAUUCUCAAGAUGGUAUGAGGUUGGCUGGGGUUGUUAGGGGGGACGGUGUGGAUGUAUGGGUGUGGAAAUCGGAUAAAGAUGGGGUUUUUUCCGUUAAGUCGUGCUUCUUACUUCUACAAAAUCAAAGCCUUCCGGAUGGUGUGAUAUCUAAUGUGGAAGAGGUGAUUUUUUGUGAGAAUUGGAGGAGUAAGACACCCGGAAAAGUGUUGGCGUUCUCGUGGACUUUCUUACUUGAUCGGAUUCCGAUUAAGGUUAAUCUAGCUAAGAGAAGGCUUUUAGCGACAUAUGACCCUAAGCGAUGUGUUUUUUGUGAUAGAGAAGUUGAAUCGGUGGUCCACCUAUUUCUCCAUUGUGAGGUGGUUUCUAAAGUUUGGCGGGAGGUUUGUGGUGUUGAUCUUUUGCUCAUGGCCCUCGGUUGUCCAGCUGUGUGGUUUGUCUGA